AUGGAGGUGGAUGGUUUUGGGACGCAACAACAGGAGGAGACCCCACCAACAACGUUGCAUACCCCAACAACAUUCAACCCCAAGAUGGCGAACGUCGCCCCACACGACUGUUCGUUGCAGUUGUCAGAUUUGGAGCACUGCUCUACUCCUAAUAGGGCACGACUACCUUGGCUUGCUGGAACGGCCGAGGCAAGGAGAGCCAUCAGCAGCGGAACAACGACAAUCACGAGAGUCUUCUUGGAACACGCCACGAUGCUCCAGGCUAGGCUUCCGAAAGUAGAGGCUACUUGGUCCCUUGAUGAUGCUCCUAUGCUUUGUGGUUGUUCGCUUAUAGAGAAUUGA